AUGGCUAUGACUAGUGAAAGCAGCACUGCGCUGAAUACUGUGAGCACUAUGAACACGAUGCCCGCCGCUACCACCACCACGCCUCCGCCGCUCAGUGCCCCCACGGGCCUGCCCAAUACCCAGGCUGCCAUUGCCGCCUCGUUUACGAAUUUCCUCGGUGUUGCUAUGCACCAAAUACUAUUCCUACGAUCUGUCUAUCCGCGAGCGACUUUCCUUCCCGUGCGAGCAUAUAAUUAUCCAGUUCGACAAUCACGGCACCCAAAAGUAUGUGAUUAUAUUAGCGAUGUGGCUCUUGCUGUUGAAACCGAAAUCUUAAAAGGCACAAUCACUGCCGUCACCGUGAUUAUCUCAUCAGUCCGCACAAAUCAGCCAAUGGAGCGAUAUGCGUUCGAUUUAUCAGGCUUCCCGCACGUGCCUGUCGGGGAGAUUUACACCACAUUCGAUGGACGCAACGAAGAAGCGACGAGACCGGCAUCAACAGCACAUUCGAUCGAUCUCGAAUCGCAGUUUCGUGCUUGUUUAGCCAGGCUGGCAUCUGCCUGUGCACGGCUGACACCAUUACCACGAGAUGACGAGUUCGGAUUUACUGUAUGCAUCGAAGUUCGGGAAGACGCACUCCCACCGGUCGGCACCACCAAGGAGGAGCAAACCUGGAUUGUCGCCGAACCGGGCCAGGUGCAUGUUCGAUCGUGCACAGCUCCGUUUUCUGUCAGCAAGCUGGGCAGUCAUUCGGACCAACCGGCGCUACCUAAGAUUAACGGCAGGGCUAAGACAGUGCCUGUACGCCGAGUCGAGGCGGGUGAAUUACGUCUAGAGUUAUGGGUUGAGGAAGCGAGGCAAAAGUUUGACGAGCAGCUUCUCUAG